UCGAGCCCAGGUGUCAUGGAUGACUUUAAAGAUGAAGGUUUGAGCUCUGGUCUCGUGAGAAGCCCCAAUAUACACAAUGGAUCUACGGCGACAGCUUCUCAACAUCCUUACGACCAUGCUUUGGGGAAUAUCGGCGGUCGGAUCAGGAGGACUGCGCCUGCUACACGCAAAUGUCCAGAGUGUAGUGCCACCUUCACAAGAAACGAUAGAUUGAAAUAUCAUUUUGAUGCCAAACAUGCAAAAGUACCACCCGCUUGCUCAUGCCCAGUGGUAGGCUGUUCUAAAUCCUUUCGACAAAAGUCAGAUCUUUCUAGACAUAUUAAAUCAGUUCAUCGGGAAUUGAACCAACCCGGUCCCACGGAUUUCCAGGAGCCUCCUUCGAAUAGGAUCAAGCGUAACGGUACAUGACUAAACCACGCAUAAAAAAGAGACUAACAUGUGUGACAAGAGAUGUUAUAAUUCUAUGUUUGUGAACCGCUAUCUUGUUUGUCAUCGUGCGUAUAAAACCUAGUUUCUAUAUAUUCCUCUGUUCUCUCUGUUUUGCAGAAUCAAAUGUUCUUCCUUAACAAAAUGUGUACCCGUACCUAAAUACCAAGUGUAAUAAGACCCUAAUUAUUCUAGCCCAAACUCACAUGAUACUC